AUGACUAGAAACAGACCUAGAAGGGUGCUGGAGGGUGUUUUACAUUUCAGAGAAACUCUAAAAGCUGUAGUAUCUGGAACUGCUUUAUAUCCAAUUCCAAAGUUUGAAACUUUGCUUGUGAAGCCAAAGACCUAUUUCUCCAACAGAAUCCGUAGUCAAAGGCAAUCUGCAGUAGCCGGGGCCGCGCAACCUGCUACCAGCGGUGGAUUUCGAGAAGAAGUUCUGCAAACUUCAUCAUCAAGAGUUGAAGUAGUGGUAGAUAAAGUCGUUUCUGGAGGAAAAGGAAGGGAUGGAAGCUUGAGCAGCUGCACAAUCUGCAUAUGUGAGAUUGAAGAUGGGGAAACCUGCUGGGAGCUUACUGCUUGUAAUCAUACUUUUCAUGCUGAAUGCAUUCAGAAAUGGUUGAAGAAGAGCAGAACUUGUCCACUGUGCCGGACUAGCAUUCUUGUUCAUGCUUUAUGA